AUUUUUUCUCCCCCUUUUUAAGUCACAACCACGUAUUCUGGUAAAGGGUCGCCAAACAGCAUGGACACCCAAUUUAUCAAAACCUUGCAGGAGAGAAUUACAGUCAAUGAAUUAGACAUUGAUGUUGUAUGCAGUAACUUUGGAGACCAAAUUCUGCUAGUUGUGUCUCAAGUGCAGAAGUUCGGAACUUUGAUGGAGGUUAGAUGUGAUCCGGUACUGGCUGGUUCCUCUUCUCAUUCCUUCUCUGUACGCACACUGCUCGGGAAAGACAAACCGGAGGUCCAUGUGUUCGGCCGAGCCAUAGCGGGACACCUUAGCCUUCCCACCAACACCCCCCUCCUAUUAGCCCUGGGGCUCAGGGACCACUCCCCCUCACUCAUACCACCUCUGCUGAAAGAACUGGAGAAGCUUAAAAUGUGGGAACCAAUCUAGUGUUCAUUUAAAUAACACAAGCUACGUACAAAUAAAUUAGUACAAUUUUGCUCUUUGUUAUGGUGACAUCUUCAUUUCCGCAUGAUUAAUGCGUAUAUAAACUGAAUUGAAGUUGUUAAUUUAGUAA